AUGGUAACCAUCCAAGCAGAAAGAGCGGCAGAAAGAGAACGAAGAUUGCAGACUUUGAGUGUGACUGCUUCAUCUUUGUGGCCCAAAGCCUUCGAAGGUUUAGUGUUGGCUGUGAAGGACAGUGAAGAUGAGGCAGUGACAAUCCACAGCCGAAACCGGAAGCGGAAACAGGAUGACACUGAUGAUACGAAGGAGUCAAACUUCUCAACAGGCUCCACAGCGCAGCCAAAUUUUGUCUCCGCACUUCCGGCGCUUCCCACUUCAAACUCGGCCGAAAGCUCAGCUCCUUCGCCAAAGGCGUCAAAGGCAGCGCCAAAGGUGCCAAAGGCUUGGCCGCUUCGCAGACUGCCAGAGCACCCUGUGACAGUCCGAGCCGGUGGAGGAACUGGUUCGGGAAGAACAGAGAGAGCGGUGUCAGACGCGGAGCUUAGCUCCUUAGCACCUGCACAUGUCAUUCGGAAAGCCUUACCCAGUCAGCUUGCCGAGGAGCUCCUGAAACAGUUACUACAGGAGUCAAAAUCAGCCUGGCAAUCCAGUUCUUGGGUCAUUCACGGGAAAACUCAGACAACUCCGCGGACGAGUGCCAUGUACAAUUUGACCGACUCUGACACACCUCUCCAAAGGCCCGGCGAAGAAGAGUCACGCGCUACAUGCGUACCAUCAGCCUUGUUGAAGGAAGCUGCAGAACAUAUUCAUGCAGCAGUCAAAAAGCAUCGACCAGAGUCAACAUGGUCACCUAACUUGGCCUUUGGCAACCGAUAUGAUGAUGGACGGGCAUGUGUCGGUUGGCACUCAGAUUUCUUGAACUCACUGGGCCCUCGUCCGAUCAUUGUUGGUUUGGCACUUGGAGCAUGUCGGCGUUUCUGCCUACGGCGCGUAGUAGAUAGCAUGGUGGUGACAAUCCCAAUGCCGCACAACACAGUGGUAAUCAUGUGGGAUGAUUGCCAGGAAGAAUGGGAUCAUUCUGUUCCACGACAAGCAGACUCGACCAUACCAAAGCAUUCUCUGGCAGGCUUGGUGCGCAUCUCUUUGACUUUCCGAAUGGCAAGGCUGAGUGCGCCCGGCUUCACGAAUGGAGACUUACACUGCAAGCCUUGUGUGCUGAAAAGCAAGAGAGGCCAUUACUACUUGGCUUGUUCUCCAGUCGGGACAUCAUCACAGUGUGGUUUUUGGGAGCAUUGCGCCUGGGCACAAGCAGAAGCUGAACGACUGAGAAGAGCUGGAGGUAAUGCCAACACUUCAAUGGACUGGAGUGCCGCCUGA